GGCAAUGCCACUCCUUAUCUCUUGUCAAAAUUGAACAUGACUUCAAAUGCUAAAAUACUAAAAAAAAAAUUGUCAGAUUAAAUAGAAUAAAGAAAUUAAAAAUAAAGAAAUGAACAGGAAAGGCGAAAAUACGGAGCACGCAGGGGCCUAUUUUUCACGGCACUCAGAAGACCGUUGCUUACCAACAUGUCUUGGAGAACCCAUCAUCGAUGCUCUGUCGCGGAAGGCGUUCCAUCAAGUUAUUGGAAUUAAUUCAGAUCAUACCAUUCCGGAUUAUACAAAGAAGUAUGACGAAGAGCCCAGGAACACUUUUUGGAUAUCCGUGAGCGACUAUCAGUUGGACAAGGCUUACAUGGUCUACCGCUUCUUUCACGAUAUCGGUGGCAUUGUUGCCCAAAGCUUGACGAAAACUAAUCGCAUGUACCUGAGGUACUUCAGCAUGGAGGAUUCCCAAAUCGCGCUGAGCUACGAUGGCCAAAAAAUUGGAUAUGGCGGUGAUAUUCGCGUCAAAGUCAGGGCUGAGAACCACGUUACCGAAAAUUCCGUCACUGAAUUUCGGGAGCAGUGCUCAGAGUGUAAUGGCAAUCCCACUGACAAUAAAACCACAGAGACGGCCAUCGUCUAUGUCGAGGAUAAUAAGGACGAGAAGUUAAUUUGUGAUCAACUAAAGAUGGGAAACCAAGGCGAAAAUAAGUCUAAAGGCACAAAUGAAAAAGUCUGCUUAUCACAAUGGUUUAAAGAAAAACUAUCUUAUGUGUUCUACUUUUAUUAA